ACCCAGGAACAGGAAGUUUUGGAUAUCCUGCCACAGCUGGGAGCAUGGCUAUACGCUGUCACCGUGGAACUGCUCUGAUUAUUGGAGUCGUCGUGAUCACUGCGGGCCUCUGGCUCGCUGUGAGGCCAUCUGGGGCACAUGAGCAACAGGAGCAACAGGAGCAACAGGAGCAACAGGAGCAAUGGGCACCAGCAGCAAAGCAACAUGCAGACCAACAUGUGACAGUGCGCCCUGGAGAUGACGUCACUCUGAGAUGUGAGGCUGGUGAUGUCUCCAUCAGAGCUGUAGAGUGGACCAGACCUGACCUGGAGCCAGAGUACGUCCUCUUCUACAGAGACGGACACUUAGACCCAACCCUCCAGCAUCCAUCCUUUACAGGCAGGGUGGAGCUGGUGGACAGAGAGCUGAAGGACGGAGACGUGUCUUUAACUCUGAAGAAUGUGACCAGCAGAGACUCUGGAAGAUACGAGUGUCGAGUUGCAGCAGGUGGAUCAAGACGUACAAAGAGAGCCAUCAUUAAGACUGAUCCAAUCAGAGUCAUCUACCUGGAGGUCAGAGGUGCAGUGAAGGAACACUCCAUGGGUGGACCCUCCUCUCGUGGAUACGUUGGACUGGCAGCAGGAGGUGUUGCAGUGCUUCUUUUAGCUGCUGCAGUGUUUGUUGCUGUCUGGAUAUAUAAGAGACGUACAGACCAAAGAUCAGAGCAGUCCUCUCUUAAAGGGAGUGUUGAUCCACUCAUCUGAAAUAUCACAGACGCUUAUCUUUCUGUCUGAGUGUGUGAGCUCAUGUGUCCCUGUCCUCCAUGACUCCCCGCCUCAUCAUGUGCAGUGAAACUGAAUCUGUCAGUUUUUACUGAAAGAUCUGCUCUGAUUUUAUUUUUUGUACAGGAAUCAGUUGUUUUAUAUAUAAUGUUCCUACAGAGACAUUUCACUGGAGUAAAUAAUUCUCCCCUCUUAUCAUGGUGGAGGGUUUGUUAGGCUUUUUAAAAAAAUAAAAUAUAUAUAUAUUUUUUUAAGAUAAAUUGCAUUGGGUGCACAUUUUGUUCCUUUCCUCUAAACUCUCUCAGAUAUUGGAUAAUUUAAAUGUGGCAGCUCCACAGCUGCUCUGACUGUAUAUACACAGAGGAGCACAUGCUUUGUGACACUCUGAAUAAUAAAAACAAGUGUUUGGAUUCAGGUGGAGUGAGUUUCAUAAAGUAAAACCUGGAGCUGCAGUACGACUCAACACCAGCAGGGGGCAGAACAUUAAGAUGAGAGAAGGCCUGCAGGCUGCAGAGCCACAUAUAUGAGUUCAGUGUGUGUUUUUCUGAUCAGUCAAUAAAUGUGUGACAGCAGCA